AUGGCCGCAGAGCUGGAGGAGACCUUGCUGCGGGCAUUGGAGAUGGGUGUCCAACGGGCGGCGAGCAUCUUCGACAAGACGGCAGAUGCCGAGGUGAUUCAUCGGGGUCAGUUCGUGACCGAAUCAGAGGCCGCCAAGUUCUCUUCCCUGGCCUCCUGGAGCCUGAGCUUCCAUGUCGGUUUUCACAGCAACUCUCAGAUCAUCAGCCAUUUGCUGCACCUCAUUGUCCAAAUGGCCUUGUUCCCAAGGCCUGAGAAGGCCGAUGCCAAGCUGCAGAUCGGCUCCAGAUCUGCCUUCACCACUGACCAUGGGGCCCAGGUGGGAUCAGACGGGCAGCCUCGCAGCAAGGGUGUGCAGCAUCCCAGCCGUACGUAUCAGGUGCCCGGCUGGCGCCCCAUCGUGGAUGGAUCGGCCACCAAGCCAAAGGGCGGCCCCCGUGGAUGGAGACGGAGCAUUCAGGAUGCUCAGCAGUCGAAAAGAAGUCCCACCGUCCGCAUCGGUGGCGGCUGGCACGUGCUCCGGGAGGAGCCCGAGAAUCAGCUGGCGGAGCGCACGCCCAGCCCGAGCUGCUCCCCCGCAAGAAGCCGAAGCCCCGAUCCAGAAAAGCAUCCCUUUGCGCACGGAGCGCCUUCCCAGGACACGCCCAUCGAGCGCUAUGCCUUUGGGGCCUAUGCCACCGGCAUGUCCUAUGGGAACACCGUGGCGAGCAAGGAUCCGGCCAAGCUGGCCAGAGAGGUGAGCCGUGGAAAGUUGCGGCAUUAUGGCUUCUAUCGCGUGCUGAAGCCUCGAGAGCCGGUGGUGCCCGCCAUCACCAACGGCUCCCUGCCGCCGAGCCCCAGAAGCGAGCCGCUAGAGGAGCUGCCAGGCAGCAUGACCAUCUUCGCGCCGGAUGCGAUUCAAAUUCCAUCGCCACGGCCCUCGCCCCGACCCCGUGCGGCGCGCGCACGGCCGAGCUCUGCGAGAUAUACGCGGGACUUUGAGCGGCGGAGCAUUCCGGAGCCAGGACGAGCUGUGGGGCUCGCCUGGGAAGAUUUGGGGCCAGCUGUGGACACCGGGACCAUCCUGUUCACCGGUGAGUUGACGGAAUUUGAUCCGCAACUGGCAGGGAAUCGCCUGGCAUCACUUGACUGCGGCUUCAACGGCCCAGCUCAGCUGCGUAGAGGUUCGACCCUCGGCUCUGAGACCGAUGGCGUUCCGGGGCGGGGCGCCGACUCCUUGACACGAGCAGAACGAGUCGCUGAUGAGUUUCUGGUUCAGUGCAACUUGUCUGGUUUUUCUUUGAGCUGGCCCCGGGCUAAGACGGCCUCGGUGGGUGUGGAGGCGGAGGUGAAAGAAGGAGACCUGAUGGAGAAGAUACCUAGUAUGCGAUGGCAGGAUGAUAACCACAGCCACAUCAACGAAAUGCUUGUGACCUUUGGAAUUCGGGCUUCGAGGCACCGCCUCUUCCGGAUCUCCGAGAAGGACGGCCAAAAAGCUGAAGGAGUCCAAGCAGCCGGCCAAGCCAGUGAAGGGGGCUGCGAAGCCGAAGCCGAACAAGAAGGAGCGUCCCACGGCGCGAUAAGAAGCUGCGUCGCCACGGGGCAAUACCUGCGCCACGGCGAGGAACGAGUUCAUGAGAAGCUGGUCCACGGCGCUGCCCCACAGGCUCCUGUCGUGGCUGCUGAUGGGUCUGAAAAGAUGCGCGCGGCACUGCAAGCCUUGAAGCAGCGGAGAGCGGACUUGGACGCUGCACACCAAGAGCUGGGGGCCUCCAAGAAGAAAGAAGAGGAACUGCAAAAGCAGCUCCGAAGUGUUCGAGCGGAGUUGGAUGCGGAACGCACCUCGAAGGCCUCCGCGACGGAUCAGCUGCAGUCCGCCCUGAAAAUGCUCAAGUCGGACCUCCAAGCAGCUGAGCUGGCCAAGGCCUCGCUGGCCUCAGAAGCAGAGAUCUUGAGGUCUCAGGAGAAGGAGCGACAACAGGAGCUGGAAAAGCUUCGACAGGCAGCCUCGGAGUCUGCAGCGAAGGUGACCCACCUAGGUGCACAAUUGCAGCGUGCACAGCAAGAGAAAGCGUCGACGAACGAGGAGGCGGAGAACCUCAAGAGGCAGACGGUGGCUGCCAAGACGGAGCUGGAGGCCUGUCGCCGCAAGGAGCUCCAGCUCGCCUCAGAGCUCCAGCUGCUCAAAACGGAGAAGCUGGAGAUCCUUCAGAAGGCCAAGGCUGAUGCUGCAGAAAACGCUGAGAAGUUGCGCCUUUCCCGCAGUGAGCUGGAGGAGCUUCGCGGCGUGCAGGCCGCCUAUGAAAGCCAGGUGGACGCCCUGCGGAGCGAGCUUUUGGCCGCCAAGGUGGGGCUGGGCAAGGCCGAGGGCUUGCGGGACGCCGCAGUGCAGGAAGUGGAGGCUAUGCGCUCGCAGUUGAAUUCUUUGCGGGAUGAUCCUUCUUCAGCGCGAAGAUGGGGUCCCAGCGCUGAAGUGAAGGCCGACGUCGAGGCGGCUUGGGGCUCCUUUCACCCGACCCUCGAACGGUUGCAGGAAGCCUUAUCCUCCGCCGGUCUUCUCCAGGCCACGGCCGCCUCCCAAAGGCCCCGGACGGAGACGGCGGAGGCCACCCCUGCCGUGCCACGGAAGCUCAAGAGAGACCGAGAGGACCCGCGUUUAGGCCGAAGAGAGGAGAGGAUGCCAGCGGAGAAGAAAGACAAGAAAGAUACAAAAAGGGCCAAAAAGGAGAAGAUUGAGAAGAAGGGGAAGAAGGAGAAGAAGCGGAACGGCCAGAACGGCGACGAGUCGGACGUUCUGAAGAAGCAAACAUCUCCACCAGAGGAGUCGAGUGCCCAGUGGGAGGAGACCUCAGUUCGAUGGCCGGAGUCACAGCGAUGGUCGAGCUCCGACGAGCUGCCGGCACCGAUCCUGAGAGCUUCCGGACGGUGUGGAGGGGCUCGCGGGUGCCGAGUGAAAAUCAACAGCGAUCCUCUCCAGGUCAUUGACGUGAUCUCCUGGAGACCUCUGGGAGAAAACCUGUGGUUCCCCAACCCUCAAGCCAACGUCCAGUGCGGGCGCUGUGAGGACAAGGUGCCACAGAGGCUGGGCCAACUUCGAGGGGGCAACGGCCGAUCGUCCUUCAUGUGCGAUGAGCGCCUUUUCGUGGUGUCCCCCAACGGCCAGCAGCAGUGUGGGGGAGAGUAUGUGAUUCUUUCAGAGACUGCGAAUGGCCAUCCAGUGUGGGAGCAAAGAGCCGGGAACUUCUGGCUGUACUCAGGUGCCAAUGGUAUGUGGAUCAUUGGUGGUCGUGAGGCAAAAGACAAGGCCUUCAAGUGCUCCCAUGGCCAGAUCUUUUGCCGCACCUCCCACGGCGGCGUGCCACCGGACCAAGUGAAAGGUGUUUGGGAACGUUUGCACGGUGAACACUUUUUGGAGGAUUCGGCCCUCGUCGUCAUGGCGGCCACGAAGGUGCGCCUGCCUCCAGCCUUGCGCGUCGUCGCACCCAAUGGACAGCAACGAUCCGCGGGCGACUAUGUCUUGACCGAGACCUUUGCACAGGGCCUGCCUGUUUGGCAGCAUCAGAAUGGGAAGUGCUACCUCUACUGCGGCGUCAACGGCUCAUGGAUCCUGGGCGGCUCUGAUGCCAAGGAGAAGGACUUCAAAUGCGCCAAAGGUGUGAUCUACUCCAAGCGGACAAGUGGUGGACUGAUGCCGGAGAAGGUGGGCGGUGUUUGGCUACGCUUGGGUGGCGACCAAUUCCAAGAAGAUAGCGACAUCGCUGUCACGAUCAAGCCUCAGCGUCUCUAUGUGCAGACUCCAAACGGUCAACACAGGUGCGCUGGGGAGUACGUGCCGUUGGCGGAUCGCAUGGCCAAUGGCUACCCCUUGUGGGAGCACGCCACCGUGGGCCGAUGCUGGCUCUACUCAGGCAGCAACGGCAUGUGGAUCAUCGGAGGCACCGAUGCUGCAGCGAAGAACUUCGUGUGCACACGCGGGGUCAUCUACUGCCAGGCGGUUCAUCAUGGUCAGAUGCCUGACAAGAUGGUGGGGAACUGGCUGCGCUUGGAUGGUGAGAAGUUCAGAGAGGAUGCAGCCAUUAUGGUUAGCACGGAGCCGCCUUCGCUGCACAUCCUGUCCCCAAAUGGGCAGCAUAGGUGUGGUGGGGAGUACUUGCUGAUCUCUGAGCGCUUUCGCGGGCAGCCCGUGUGGAAGCAGCGGCGAAGCCAUUUCAGGAUUUGCACGGGAUCUGAGGGUCACUGGAUAGUGACCAACGCAGAGCCGAAGGAGGAGGAUGCAGAACAAGCCGUUCUGAAAUGUGAGGAAGUCCAUGGUGGUCAGAUGCCUGACAAGGUGACGGCCUCCUGGAGCCGAUUAGAUGAGAAACAAGGCUCCAUGGUGAAGGAUGACCUGAUCAAGGUCUCCUUGACCUCGUCCAUCGCGAAGCCGGCGAAGCUCAAUGUCACCUCGCCCCAUGGGCAGCAAAACUGCGGUGGAGAGUAUGUGCUGGUGGCCGGAGAGUCUGCCAAUGGCCAUCCCUUGUGGAAGCAGAUGGGUGGCAAAUUUUGGCUCUACUCAGGCACCAACGGCUUGUGGAUCAUUGGUGGAGGUGGCGCGAAGCGGAAGAACUUCGACUGCUCCAGGGGCGUCAUCUACUCGGCCACAUCCCAUGGAGGGCAGCUGCCACACCAGGUGGGUGGCCUUUGGCUCCGCUUGCACGGACAAGAGUUCGUGGAAGAUUCUAAGAUUCGCGUCAGUGAGUGA